UGGCUUUAAAUACAGAGACGGGGAGAGACAGAGAAAUUGAAAGAUUUAACGAGGAGGAGGGCGAGGCGAAGCCGCCCGAGUCGCAAGCAAUCUGUUGAAGGCUCGCAUCGCCGCUUUCCUCGUUUGGUUUCUCGCGCCAAUUCCUAGCGCAAGGGAGAAAGUCGCCACCUUUGAACAUCGACGAGACGUGGGACGACCGACCGCUUCGCCAUAUGCGUCUUGUCUGCACGUAACUGGAAGUGCGAAAGGAUGGACUCCGGCGACGACCACGAUGUUCUUGACUCACGCGGGAGGAAAAAACGGUACCACCGGCACACCCCGCGGCAGAUUCAGGACCUCGAAUCGAUGUUCAAGGUGUGUCCGCACCCGGACGAGAAGCAGAGGAUGCAGCUGAGCCGUGACCUUGGGCUGGAGCCGCGGCAGAUCAAGUUCUGGUUCCAGAACCGGAGGACGCAGAUGAAGGCACAACAAGAUAGGUCGGAUAACUGCUUGCUGCGCUCCGAGAACGACAAGAUCAGGUGUGAGAACAUCACGAUGAGAGCGGCUCUUAAAAAUGUCAUCUGCCCUUCCUGCGGCAGCUCCUCCUGCACCGAGGACCCCUACUUCGACGAGCAGAAACUGCGGAUGGAGAACUCGAGGUUGAAGGACGAGCUUGAUCGUGUCUCUAGUCUAGCGUCGAGGUACCUUGGAAGGCCCGUUACCCAGCUUCCCCCGGGACAAUCAGUAUCCAUCUCAUCAUUGGACCUAUCUGUCGGCUGUUACAGUAAUCCAGGGAUAAGCUCUUCCCUUGACCUUGAUCUUCUACUGCGAAACUCUUCCUCUUUUCCAUAUGCGUAUCGCGCGGGCAUUACUGAGCUCGAGAAGCCCCUUAUGAUGGACAUCGCAAGUAACGCGAUGGAGGAAGUUAUCAGGCUUGUGCAGGUGGAUGAACCCCUGUGGGUGAAGUCUGGAAGUGAUGGGAGGGAAAUACUUCAACUUGAGACAUAUGACAGGAUGUUUAAAAGGUCAGGCCAUCAGCUCAAGUUUCCAGAUGUUCGAAUUGAGGCAUCAAGGGGUUCGGCAGUGGUCGUUAUGGAUGCUACGACAUUGAUCGAUAUGUUCAUGGACGCGAGUAAGUGGGCAGAGCUGUUUCCGACAAUUGUUUCAAAAGCAAGGACCAUUGAAGUCCUUUCGUAUGGAAUGGCUCAAAGCAGAAGUGGGUCGUUGGAAUUGAUGUAUGAGGAGCUACAGGUUGUUUCACCAGUUGUUCCUACUCGUGAAUUCUUCUUCUUAAGAUGCUGCCAACAAAUUCAACCAGGCGUGUGGGUGGUUGCUGAUGUUUCAGUGGAUUAUCCUCGGGCUAAUCAGCUCACACCUUUUUCUCAAUCAAAGAGACUUCCUUCUGGCUGUUUGAUCGAGGAAAUGGCAAAUGGAUAUUCUAAGGUGACUUGGGUCGAACAUGUGGAGAUUGAAGAAAAUAAUCUAAUUCCGGUACUCUUCAAGGAUCUGAUAGAUAGUGGAUUUGCAUUUGGAGCACAACGUUGGCUAGCCGCCCUCCAGAGAAUGUGCGAUAGACUUUCUUGCUUAGCCAUUGUCGGACUUCCAACUCGAGAGCUCGGAGCAGUGACACCCUCGGCUGAUGGUAAGAAAAGCAUGAUGAAGCUUGCCCAGAGGAUGGUGAACAAUUUCUGUUCCAAUAUCGGUGCUUCGAAUGAUCACAAGUGGAUCACGCUACCGGGGUUGAAUGAUGCUGGAGUCAGGGUUACACUUCACAAAAACACGGACGCCGGCCAGUCCAGUGGCGUCCUGCUCAGUGCAGCAACUACAAUAUGGCUCCCUAUAUCACCUGAGAGGGUCUUCAGUUUCUUCAAGGAUGAACGAACUCGAGCUCAGUGGGAUGUUCUAUCAAAUGGAAACACCGUCCAAGAGGUAACCCAUAUAAUGACCGGCUCACAUCUAGGGAACUGCAUUUCUCUUCUUCGUGGACUCAAUUCUGGUCAGAACACCAUGUUGAUACUUCAAGAGUGCUGCACCGAUGCGUCAGGUUCUGCGGUGGUCUAUUCUCCGAUCGACAUACCGGCGAUCAACGUAGUCAUGAGCGGCAAAGACCCAUCCUUCAUUUCUCUUUUGCCUUCGGGCUUCACCAUACUGCCAGAUGGGCGAUCAGUGGGGGGACAAGGGGCCUCGUCCAGCUCAAAUCCACUGGGAGGCUCAUCUGGCUCACUGGUCACCGUAGCAUUUCAAAUACUUAUGAGCAGCUUGCCAUCGGCGAAGCUUAACAUGGAGUCAGUAAUGACAGUUAAUAACUUGAUCGGCACCACAGUUCGGCAAAUAAAGGCAGCCUUGAACUGUCCUGAUAUCUGAUUCAUGCUCUGAAGUGAAUUAAAAGCCCACAUUUUACUUCUGCCCCCUGCUUCCUCAACUGCUUCAGAUCUGAUGGACUCUUAAGGCUCUCCUCUCUUUGUAUGUAUGGCAUUCAAGAUAGGAUUUAAAUGGGUCCUCUCGUGUUGGUUGGUAGGCCUUUGAAUGCAUGCUUCCGUUGUGAGCUUGAAUUGCAACUUUAAGAUGCUGCUGUCGUAGCAGCUGUGGUUGCUGCUGCCACUGGUGCCAGCCAGCUUCGGGCCAACACAAUAUUUUAUUUUUACAGGAAUCUUUCAGGCUUUACAUUUACAAGAACUCAAUGAAGUCAAGAACGCACCACACCUGCUUCUCUUCUGCUGCCAUUACUGCUGCUGCCCUUUUACGUUCGCUUGCCUCUCCUUCCGAGCAACCCCCUCAAUUUCCUUCUUUCCUUCCUCGGCGCAGUCGAGCAGUAGUGGUUCGGGUAUUGACUUCGGUCCGGUAGAAGUCGCGGAUUAGGAUUUUACUUAGGUAAUUAAAUAGGCUGUUUCAGUUGUUUUACUAGGCGUGGAUGCAUUUGUGUAAUGGAGUAGCUGUGAAUUGGAUGAAGCAAUUAAAUUCUCAGCUUGAUCUUGAACUUGAAACUUUAGAGCUAGUGGUCCCUGUGUGGCACUGAUAGAGCUAUAUUAGUUUUUUAUUUACUUUGGUUAACAAGUUUAGUUAGUGCUAUAAUUGUGCCUCUUCCUGUCUGGAUUGGUACUCUCUGCCCCUGUCUCAGUUAUGAGCCGGUUGUUGCUGCUUUGAAGAUAGCUAUUUAGUUAUUUGUUGCAUAA